UAUAUACUUGACGACUGCGUAGAUUCAUUUGAAAUCUUGAUGCUGGCCAUAGAGAAACUAAAAAAAUAGAUGAGCCACUCGUAUAUUCCGCGCCAUCUGUCGGAGGAAGAUACUAAUACACGAAAAAAUUAUUUUCAAUUUGAUAGUUAGAUGUCGUUGCAUUCAUGGAGAUCACUCGUGAAUAAUGGCUCCCAUACACGUUACGGUCUAUUGGGAGGAAAGUCUCCAGGUUUAUAUGCAGCUUGUGUGGGGAGAUGUAUGAAAAUAGUAAGUAUAAUGUAUAAUCAUUAUUAUCAAAAAACCUUUGAAAUGCCAACUGACACAAGGAGUGGUUUGACACGUUCUUUUCGAAAUAUAAUAAAUUUCGAUAUGCCUGCAAGAGUGAAGACGUGCUGUGUUAUUGGAUGUGAAAAUCGAGAUGCAAGAAGAUAUGUCAUCACUACCGAUGAGAAAAUUCGAAAAGUGUGGCUUGAGCGCAUCGGCAAUAGGAAACUUUUGGAAUUGGAGAAAUAUCAAAUUAAGCAUGUUAGAAUAUGCCAGUGCCAUUUUCAUAGUGAUUGUUUGGAAAGCAAUGGAAAGCUGAAAAAAGGUUCUUUGCCCUCAAUUGAUUUGCCAGGGUAUACUGCAGAUCACGAGGACAUUUUCUUUAGAGAGCCGAAAAAAACAAUAUUUCAUGAUAUAACUCUAAAGGACGUUUAUGAAAUAGGACCUUCUACGUCAUUUGGGUUGAGUCCUAAACGAGGUGUUACCGUACCUGACCGGACCUAUGGAAAUGCAAAAAAAAUGAAGUUAGAGAAGGAGAAUUCAAUCCAGGAUAUAUCUGUUGGUUCUGUCUCAGAAAUGAUAAUUAGAGAGGAAGAAUGUGUGAAUUCUGCUGGAAAUGUUUCCAGGAGGGAGCGGUCAGAAGGUGAGAUUGAAAGAAUCACUAUUGAAAUUAAUGAGUUAACACGAGUUGAAAGAUGACAUCGGUAACAUUCAAAAAUUAUAUUCAGAAUUAUUAUUAUUAUUAUAUUAAAAAAGUCAAUAAAGUUCUGAAGGGUACAGAUCUUAGACACAAAAAUUUCGAUGCGAUUUGUAAUUUGGCGUUCCAAAAAUAUUUAAAAUGGGAGAAGAAGAAAUGAAUUGAUUAUUUUUGGUUCAUAAAUUUUAUAUUAUAUUCUAGAAUCUAGAUAGUUUAUAUUAUUAAUUAUUUCCCUAUUAUAAGUUAAUUAGUUCUGUUACCUAUAAGAAUUUAGGAUUUUUCAUGUAUUGAAUAAGUUUAGUAGAUAUAA